GACGGUGAUAACAACGAUAUCCAAGCCAAGACAGGACACUGUUUUGGCGCUAUUAUAGCGCUAUUGCCGUCUCUGCAGGGAUAUGAGGAGAGGCUAGCUAGCAUAUUUCUUCAUGCAAGUUCCGUUUUUCAACUCAUAAGUAAGUAACAGGCAAAGAAAGUAAGAAAAUGAUUCUUCGUACUGCCACGAUGGCUGGCCGCAAGCGCAUAGCCGCUGAGGAAGCCAACGAUUAUUGUGCUCCGGAUCCUGACGAUUUCUUCCCAGACAUUGACGACGGUUUGAACGACUCGAAUGAUGCUUCACCCGACGUUGACUUCGGAGCGCGAACCCGCGGUAAACGACGUCGAGGCGAAGGUCGUGGCAGGGGCCGUGGCCGUGGCGGUCGAGGAAGAGGUGCUCGACGUAACGUUACUGAUGGUGGCAUAGUGGACGACCCAAGCAGCCUUUACGAAAUCGUCAAACAAGGUCGCCACUCUUUGACUGUUGUGAUCGAUGAUUGGAUUGAAUCCUACAAGCAAGAUAAAGAUGCAGCCCUGAGCGACUUGAUUACUUUCUUCUUUAACUGUUCUGGCUGUAAAGGAAGGGUGUCACCCCAGAUUAUGAUGAGUAUGGACCAUACACAGCUCAUACGUAAGAUGACGGAAGAGUUUGACGAAGAAAGCGGGGAUUAUCCGCUCAUCAUGUCAGGACCUCAAUGGAAGAAGUUUCGACAAAGCUUCUGCGAGUUUGUUCAAGUACUUGUGCGUCAGUGUCAGUACAGCAUCAUCUAUGACCAGUUUCUCAUGGACAAUGUCAUUUCGAUACUGACAGGAUUAUCCGAUUCUCAAGUCCGAGCAUUCCGCCACACUGCAUCGUUGGCUGCCAUGAAGCUGAUGACAGCCUUGGUGGACGUAGCCCUCAACCUGAGCAUCAGCUUCGACAAUACUCAGCGCCAGUAUGAGGCAGAGCGACAAAAAAACCGUGACAAACGUGCCACCGAACGUCUGGAACUUCUCAUGACUAAGCGUCAAGACUUGGAGGAUAACGUUGAUGAGAUCAAAAACAUGCUGACAUACAUGUUUAAAAGUGUUUUUGUUCAUAGAUACCGCGACACUCUGCCAGAAAUCCGUUCCAUCUGCAUGCUCGAAAUUGGCCAGUGGAUGAAAAAAUUCCACCAGCACUUUUUGGAUGAUUCAUACUUGAAGUACCUCGGGUGGACACUUCAUGACAAAGUAGGUGACGUACGACUCAAAUGUCUCCAGGCGCUUCUGCCAUUAUAUGCAUCUGAAGAGCUUACCAGCAAGAUGGAGCUGUUUACAAACAAAUUUAAGGAUCGCAUCGUAGCAAUGACGCUCGACAAAGAAUACGAAGUGGCAGUUCACGCUGUCAAGCUUGUUAUCAGCAUCCACAUGCAUCAUCGUGACAUCUUAUCUGACAAGGACUGUGAACAUGUGUACGAGUUGGUAUAUAGCUCUCACCGUGCGGUUGCCCAAGCUGCUGGAGAGUUCCUCAACGAACGUUUGUUCCAACCAGACGAAGCUGCUGUUCAAGGGUUGAGAACAAAGCGUGGAAAGAAGCGUUCUGUCAACACUCCUCUCAUCCGGGAUCUUGUUCAGUUCUUUAUCGAGAGUGAACUUCAUGAACAUGGCGCCUAUCUUGUGGACAGUCUCAUUGAGAGCAAUCCUAUGAUGAAAGAUUGGGAGUGCAUGACAGACUUACUUCUCGAAGAACCCGGACCUGCGGAGGAACAGCUCGAUGAUCGUCAAGAAACGUCAUUAAUUGAGAUUAUGGUUUGCUGCGUCAAACAAGCUGCAACUGGAGAACCACCUGUAGGCCGUGGGCCAAACAGAAAACAGAUGUCCAACAAAGAAAUGAAACAAGUUUGCGAUGACAAAGUAAAACUCACCGAACACUUCAUCCAAGCACUUCCCAGCUUGUUGCACAAGUACAUUGCUGACCAGGAGAAAAUUGCAAAUCUCAUGGUGCUGCCACAAUACUUUGAGCUCGAGAUCUACACGUCGAGCAGACAAGAAAAAUCGCUCGACAUCCUCCUCAAGCUCAUUCACGAUAUCGUUGAGCGACACGAAGACACAGAGGUGCUGGAGACUUGUGCCAAAACCUACGAAGCACUGUGCAGCGAAGAACUUGCCGUCCACUCACGGUGCAUGGUUUCCAGAGGGACUUUGGUCGACUCGCUUGUUGGAAAAUACAAGAACGCACUGACAAGUUACGCUGAUGCCGGGGAGGAGGCAGAUGAAGAUGAAGUUUAUGCCGUUCAGACAGCACUCAAGAAGGUGUCCAUAUUCUACAGCUGUCAUAAUCUGGGCCCUUGGACCAUCUGGAAUGAUAUCUAUGACUUUUGGGUGAAAGGGUCAAGUGAGAGACACUUGCCCAUGCUAGGAGUAAAAUAUGCAAUCUCUUGUUGCACCGCAGGGAUAAUGUGGGACUUGGCUAGAUUGGAUGAUGGCAACAUACAGAUGCAAGAUGUGCACAAUCUGAAAGCCAGACUUAGAGAGUUUAUGGAUACUAUGGUUCACAUGUUGUGUGCUCGACAAGAUUCUUUGAAAGAAGAAGCUUUCAUCAGCAUUUGUGACCUCCUCAUUGUCUUCUGUCGGCAACUUGGAGAUACUGAACCAUUUAACUCUCUUGUCUAUGAACCAGAUCGAAGCCUCCAAGGCAACCUUGGCAAAUUCAUCCAGAACAACGUUUUUGUUGAAGACGAUACUGCGUAUGAGGACGACCAGGAUGAACAUCGCAAAAUUGAGGAACUUCAUAAGCGACGGAACUUUCUCGCCUGUUUCUGUAAACUCGUCGUCUACAAUGUCAUCAGCGUUCGACAGGCAUCGGAUGUCUUUAAGCACUACGUUCGCUUCUACAAUGAUUAUGGAGACAUAAUCAAGGCAACCCUGGGUAAAGCUCGUGAGAUCAACAAGGUAAACUGUGCUCGAACGAUGGUUGCAUCUCUGACGACUCUUUUCAACAACCUGGAACGUGACCAGAAUGGAGUGGUCAAUAGACAAGGCGAAAGCUUCGUAGCUAUCAAAGAACUGGCCAAAAGAUUUGCCCUUUCUUUUGGACUGGACCAAGUAAAGAAUCGAGACUCUGUAGCAGCUCUUCAUCGAGAAGGCAUCGUAUUUGCCUGUACGCCUUUUGAGUCAUCCCUUAAUCCAUUGGGUCCUCCACAGAACCUUCCAUUUCUUGAGCUGCUCUGUGAGUUUACAAACAAGUUGAUGAAACCAGACAAGAAGGUUGUGCUCCAGUACCUCGACCGACAUGUUCAGGCUAAGCUACCGGCAUCACGUGCUGACGAUUGGCAGCCUUUGCUUAUGUAUCGGACCAGCCUUGUUCAUGGAGAGGCUGAACAGCCUGUAGCCAGGGCUCCAGGGAGACAGUAUAGGGGACGCAAGCGGCAACGUGGUGACGAUGACGGCGGCCAUGUUGGUGAAGAGGAAGAGAUGGAUUCAGAUCGUGGUUCAGACGGGGAAUUUCGUCACUGAAACUUUCACUUGGCAAAAUAUGUUUUGCAGGUUGUACUCUUAGCAUUAUUUAUUCGACGUGUAAUAAAGUGUUUCAAAUGUG